GGGGAGAGGGUCGGGUCUGUUUUCGUCUUUCUGACCUUUGAUCGGACCAGAACAAACAUGGCGUCUCUCAGCAAAGAAGCGAAGAAACUUCUCCUCCUACGACUCCUCAUCAUGUGUAUCCCAGCAUGCACUGGGUUCCCCGGAGUGACUGUUAGCCAGCCAGAGGCGAGUGUUUUCCUGCGCCGCACUCGUCGGGCGAACACCUUGUUUGAGGAGCUGAAGAGAGGAAACAUAGAGCGGGAGUGUAUAGAGGAGAAAUGUUCCUACGAGGAGGCGAGGGAGAUCUUUCCCCUGCCACAGCAACUGGAGGCCUUCUGGAGGAAAUACACAGCUGUGGAUCACUGUCGCUCUUCUCCCUGUAAAAACGGGGCGACCUGCACCGGCCAUGACAACACCUACACCUGCAAGUGUCGGCCUGGUUUCCACGGUCUACACUGUGAGAAAGCUCGUCUUUCUCCCAGAGGUUGCCGCACCAAAAAUGGAGGAUGUGAUCAGUUCUGCAGAGAGUUUCCAGAUCGUUCUCAUGUUUGUUUCUGUGCUAAGGGCUACCGUCUGGACCGGGACAACAGCACCUGUCUGCCUCAAGACCGUGUUCCAUGUGGGCGAACCCAGGUGACCCACGUUGUUACCCCGAGGGUCGUCAGUGGGACUGUCUGCCCCAAAGGACUCUGUCCAUGGCAGGCUCUGCUGACAGAGAAAAACCAUUUCACCUGUGGAGCCAUCGUCCUGUCCGAUCAGUGGUUCCUAACCGCUGCUCACUGCGUGUGGAGUAGACCGGAGAGCUGGCUCAACGUUAGUGUGGGGAAACACAUGAUUGAGCCAGGGGAAGAUUCAGAGCAGAGGCGUGCCGUGGUCAAAGUGAUCAUCCAUCACAACUACCACCCCCCCAACACCGACAGUGACAUGGCGCUGAUGAAGCUGGAGCGGCCUGUCAAACUGGGGCGCUACGUGGUCCCUAUCUGCCUCCCUGCCCGGAACAGCACCUUCACCAGAACGCUGGGCGGAAUCCGACUCUCUACUGUGUCCGGCUGGGGCCGCCAGUCGCAGUACGGUGUCACGUCCAACGUCCUGCAGAGGGUGGAGCUGCCCAGGGUGCAGCUGCAGGAGUGCCGCCUCCACACGAGGCUCAACAUCACCAGGAACAUGCUCUGUGCCGGGUACCAGAGCGGAGGACGGGAUGCCUGUGAGGGCGACAGCGGCGGCCCGCUGGUGACCAAGUAUGGGCAGACCUGGUUCCUGACCGGUGUGGUGAGCUGGGGGAAGGGCUGCGCCCACCAGAACAUGUACGGGGUCUACGCCAAGGUCAGCAACUUCCUGGGCUGGAUUGAGAACGUCACAUCCACCCACUAAGACCGGUCCAGGUCCAAAGCCAGGUCCAGGUCCAUGCCGGAGUGUGAUGGCUCUGAUAUAAAUAAAUGAGGGAGAAGUGAAAAGUUUAUUUGGCUGUUAGAAAUUCUGUUGAUGUUGAUUCUUUUAGUGGUUCUUAUAAAACAAAAAUAAAAACUAAUACAAGAA